AAAAUAAUUGUUCACGAUGGUUUCCAUGGGUAACCAUAUUAGAUAUGGUUACCAGGACAACCGGCUUGUUAUAUGUAAAUUAGUAUUUGAUAAUAUUUCUCUGUAAUACAUACUAGUAAUAAUGAGUUUUUGUGUAGAUUUGGUGUCUGAAGACUCCUUCUAUGAAAAUAUUACACUGGGAGUAACAAAAUUAUUAGAAUCUGACCCUCGCAUUUGCAAUGUGAGCGUCGAACGUAGAUCACCCUGUGAUCGAGUGGCCCUCUCGACUUGGGAACAAAGACAUUCUGCAGUGCUUCCUGAAGAUGUUCGAAAUUUUUAUGCAUCAACUGACGGUUUCCAGUUGACUUGGCAUUAUAAAUAUUCAGGUGAUGAAAUUCUUCCGGUUGGAUCUAUUAGGGUGAAUUCGCUCAACGAAUUGUGCUUAUCGCCAGCUUUGAAGGACCUGUUGGAUUUUUCUAUGACCAGACAAAGCAGUGGCCCACGGCCAGUACUGAACACAAAAAGUAAGGUGUUUGAAUUGGACUCGUGCAGGACUAUCGGAAAAGUGUGUUUAAUCUACACCGGGGGCUCCUGGUCAGUGUGGCUAGCGACACGUGAAGGUGGGUGGGGUUGGCUAGCAGACUCCUUCACGUUGUAUUUUAGGAUGGCCUUAGUUCAUCUAGGUCUACCGGGUUGGCAGGCAACAUUCGCCAAUCUGCCACUCAUACCCUGGGCUGAGCAACUGUUUCUUUUACUGGCACCGCAUUUACUAGAGAAGGUUGAUCAAGAAAACAAUACUGUAGCCGUUGGAAAUGAGACUGGAUUGAACCAUAUCGAUCCUAAUAUAUUUAAAACCUCAGCCCGGCAUCAUAAAACUACGCGGCAGGCAAAUCAGUAGAAACUAACUAGAGACAAUGAAAUAAAUUUAUUGGCAUGCCGAAGAACAUAGUUAAAUGAGGUUACAUAAAUUGAUUAGCAAAAUAUUUUGAGUGAACAGUGAGCGAUAAAUUAAAGCACUUUAGGUACAUAAUGUAUAAUAAUAUAUUGAAUAAUAUCGACACAAUAUAAUUUAUAGCUAAAUAACAUAACUUGGACGGAAUGUGAGAUUCAUAAUGAAGUAUAAGCUAAGUUUACAGCGAUAUUGCUUAAAUUAACAGGCUUAACAAGCAAAUCCCUGAAACAAUAUAAUAUUAUCUAAGUUACAGGCUGCAUUAAUAUUUAUUAAAACAUAAAAGUGUAAAAGUCUCGUUUAAUAAUAUAAUACAGCAUUCUUAAAUAUUAUUGUGAUGUAAUGCAAAAAUUGUAAAAGUAUAAAGUUAGAAAUAUUACUGUGUGAUGUAGGUAACGUAAUUACAUUAUAAUACUAUAAAUAGCAUUUUUAUUUAAAUAUUAAUACUAUGAACGUGUCAGGAAUACAUCUUUAAGGCUUUUCCCUCCUUCAUUGACAUUUCAUAAAUUAUUGUGAUUGAUGUUUACAAAAAAACAUUUCUCUUACACGUCUAAAUUGUAAAAUCCAUUUUUUUUUUCAAUUACACAUAAUAGUUCAAUUAAUUCGUAUAAAAGUUUAUUAACUAAUAAUUUUAUAAGGUGGGUUGUAAAUAGAAAAAAAAAAAAAUUGAAAAGAUUUUAAAGGUACAUAGAAAGAAAACUGUAUGCGUAAAAUGCCUAGAACAUUUACAAUAUGGGGCGAGGCGUUUUCGAUAUAAUUCUAUGAAAAGGCGACCAUUUAACGUGAUACUGGAUUGCAAUGUUACUAGUAUAUACCCUCUUAAAAUACAUACGAGCAAGAUUAUUCAUUAUAUGCACCCAUAUAUUUUGUCAUGUAUAUACAUAUAACUUAAAGAUAUAGCAGUUGUUAAGGGCUAUAUGAGACAAAACUAGUAUCUGGCGUUAAUGUUCUAAGCCGUCUAAUUCUUUUGACAACAUACAAACCACAAAAAUAGUGUCUUAUAAUUGACAUGAAGAGUGAUUUUUAUAAUAUGAGUCCAAACAAUUCAAGAACGCAAAGAGAGGACAGAGCAGUUUUGUUACAACGCCCCAUAUUGUUUUAACGCUCUGAAGGAGUAGCGUUUUUGAAGCAUUAUUGCGAUUGCACAAUCACAUAGUGUUUUGUGGCCAUAAUGAAGCUAUGAGAGAAAAAUGGUAACAGUUAAUUAAAUCGGAGUGACUUUAAUUUGAAUGCGGUACAGUCAACAUAUGAGCAUUUUGUAAAAUAAUGGCUACUGCAAAACAUCGUUGUGAUGGUUGACACAUUUGGUGAGGAAAUAAAGUAGAGAUAUUUAUAUCUAGUGAGAUGCAUACAACGUAUCUUAUAUGAAGCGUAAUUCGUAAUGUCAUGUAGAUAUAGCAAUUGCGGUGUGUUUUUUUCUUCUUUUGGCUUUGGCUUUUUAGGGUAGCGAUUAGCUAUUUUCAAGUUUAAUUAAAAAGCAGGGAAAUCGACGCGAAACGCGAGAAAGUAUAGCUCAAAAUACUGCACUAUCGCUGCACUGCUCAAGCUUUAAAUAAGCUCAUAUUAGAAACAUAUAUUUUAUUAGAAUGAAUCCAAUUGUAUAUUAAAUAUAUGGAAAUAACUUUUUCAAUUGUUUCAAAUACAAAUUUGAUUGCUAUAGCAAUAAUAGAAGAAAAAUUUAAAUUG